CCCUAUUGUAUAAUAGAGAUCAGUGUAGUCGUGACGCUGCUGCAGUCGGUCAUAACCAUAAUCAAUGUAACUUGAACUUUAUUUUAAUGAGCGCCGUGGCCUGAUUCUCAUUCUCUUUUCACCAGUGAAAACUGACAAACGCGAUAUAGACCAGCAGGAAGCAGCUUUAAACCUGCUCUGAACGGAAAAUCCUCUUUUAGUCGGUGAAGCUUGCAUGCAUACGUGCAUGUAUAAGCAAUCUAAUUUUCAGAAACAGUGGAACCACUGAUAUAUAGUGUAGUUAUAUAUCAGUGAGUGAAACACGGGGAUGGCGCCGCCACGAGCCUGCGGUUUCGUGAUAUUUCGUAGGUUUUUCGGACAAGUUGAGUAUUUAUUGAUGCAGACAUCGUACGGAAUUCAUCACUGGACUCCCCCGAAAGGUCACGUGGAUCCUGGUGAAACAGAUUUACAAACCGCCUUGCGUGAGACCGAAGAAGAGGCUGGUUUGUCGCGCGAGGAUUUGAAAAUAUUUGACAACGCUAGACAAGAGCUUGUUUACAACGUUAAUGAUAAACCAAAAACAGUUAUUUAUUGGCUUGCCGAGCUGAUAAACAGAAAUAAGGACGCCAGACUAUCAUCCGAGCAUCAGGAAUUCCGAUGGCUUUGUCUCCAAGAUGCGUGUCGAUUGGCGGGAUACGAAGAAAUGCAAAACACCCUGAAAUACUUUGACAGAUAUAUCGUAGAGAAUGAACUGUAAUAAUUAACAUAUAAAAAUAAAUAAUUUUUUCCGCA